GUGUUAUAUAAGUGUUUCACUUAAACAAAUUUUUGACUUCAUAAUCAGUCUAAGACAUUUAAUAGGGGUUAUAUAAGUGUUAUUCAAACCGCAAAACGUUGUUUUCGGUUUAAAAACCCUACUUCCUCGGAAAAGUCUCAGAAUAUUCCGAGGAAAUUCCAAGGAAAAACAAGUGUUCCUCGGAAUAUUCCGAGGCUUUUCCGAAGAAACAGAAACCCUAAAAGCAAAGCCCUGAAUCGUCGGAAAAGUCUCGGACUAUGCCGAGGAAAUUCCGAGGAAAUAUGAUUUCUUCGGUAUUUCAUCGGUAUAUUCCGAGGAAAUUCGUCGGAAUAUUCCGAGGAAAUUCGUCGGAAUAUUCCGAGGAUCUCAUUUUCCGUCAGAAUGUCCGUCAGAAUUACGAUGUUUUCUUGUAGUGUUAUACUAUGAAUACAAUUUAGUAUAAUUAGUAUAAAGUUUAGGAUAAGUGGAGUAGUAAGUAUAAAUGUUAGCAUAUAGCGUAUAGAGAGGCAGUUAGAUUAAUCAUAUGCUAAUUAAGCAUAGCUGCGCGUAAUCCGAAAAAUCUAAAAAAUGGAAAUUUCUCUUACUUCCCGACUUCCCUAAAUUUUCUCAGGUCGGAAAGUUCUAUGCCACCUUGUCAAGUUUAUGUCUUAUAAAAUAGAGGACAAAGUAGUCCAACUUGUGAGUAAAGAGAUAAGGUUGAUGAGGGGCCAAACAAUCUUUAGUAUAUAAGAAAGAACCAGACUCUUUACAAGGAAGAAGCGAGAUAUGAUUAUGAUGAUGUCUCUCCCCAAAAUGAAAAUAUCUUGUCUGCAUCCUCAAGUUCAUUUGAGCAGUAGCAGUUUAUUAGCAGCCACUGAGGUGCUUCCGAGCUUAAGCAUAAGGAACAGAACAUCAUAUCUCGUUCGGUGCGUAUCAGCAAGAAGAAGAAGAUUAACGUCGAAAAGUAUCAGAAGCCUUGAAAAGGCACAACCUUUGGGUCUGGAGAAAGCAUAUGCGCUUGUGAGUGGUGUCUCUGUAAGCUUGGUGAUGGCGUUGGUAUUGGGAGCGGAUGCAGAGAGGGCGAUGGCAUUAGGUCCGGAAGGUCCUUUGAUGGAAGAGUUUUGGGACAACGUGAGAAGGUACGGUCUUUACGCUCUCACCGUCAGCACGGGAGCACUCUCCGCGGUCUUUGAGCCCAUCUUCGAACUCCUCAAGAACCAAUUCUCCGCCGUUCUCAUCUUGAUCAUCUUAGGUGGAAGCUUCUAUAUCCUCUCCCAAGUUGUCUCAUCCAUGGUUGGUGUCAACGAAUUCGUUUACGAAUACGGAUAUUGACUCUAUUUCAUUAAUACUCUGUUUUACAUCUCAUGGUGGUCAUCGAUAUUUGGUUUUGUUAUUACAAUCAAUCAACUAGGUAGAUACAUUUUAUUUGAUAUAAAAGCACCAAAAGUUGUACAUGUUAAAGGGUCUUUGAAAUAUGGAGACAAUAUGGUUACAAAUCUUUCUUUUUAAUUGUACUUGUGAGAAUCAUCAGGCCUUCCAGCGACGUAGUCCAUGAUUCCCUCUCCGGUUGCUUCAUCUGAAAGCUGUUGAAAGCCACCGAAGGUGAUUGCUAUGGCCAAGAAGGCGGCCGUUGACGCAAACAGUGGCCAGAAAUAAGCUAAUAUGUCCAGAACUCUGGGUGCUGCGUACACGAGGGACGACAUAACUACGCUCACAAUGAUUGCGACCAUGAAAUGGAAUUUGUAAUCCAUCAGCCUUGCUUGAAUAUCCAUUACUUGUUGAUGGGGGGAGAGAAAGGGAGAGGGAGAAUAUGAGAGUUGCUGGAACCAAAACUCUGAUAAUUGCAACUUGCGAGGAAGGAGAUAUUGAGAUGGUUUUAAUGUCAAAAGCAUGUAUGUUUUGGCUUUGUUGUUGAUCAACGCAUGUUCUCAAGUCAUGUUCUUUAGUGGGCUGUUUGUGUGCUUGGUGAAGAUUCCCUUGUUUUCCAUUAAUUUAACCAACUAUUCAUGAUACUUUA